AUCUUUGCAGGGCCGGCUUGCGAGAGGAGCCACGGGAAAGGCGCGUGUAGGCCGCUCACUGGCGCAGCUGCUGCCGCCCCGCCGCUGCGCCGCCCCGCCGCUGCGCCGCCCCGCCCCGGCGUUGUCGCAGGUGCAGUCGUGGACGAAGCGCGGCCCCGGCAUGGACUGGAAAGGGUCUGCGGGCGGCGCGUGUGCUGCCGCUGCGCGGCCGGUGACAGGGGUUUGCCGUAAAAUGGGCCUUCUGACUGUACUCGCUGGACUAUGGCUGUUUUCCUCAGCAAAGGCAGAUUCAAAAGCCAUUACAACCUCUCUUACAACAAAAUGGUUUUCCACUCCGUUGUUGUUAGAAACCAGUGAGUUUUUAGCAGAAGACAGUCAAGAGAAAUUUUGGAAUUUUGUAGAAGCCAGUCAAAAUAUUGGAUCAUCAGAUCAUCACGGUACUGAUUAUUCCUAUUAUCAUGCAAUAUUGGAAGUUGCAUUUCAGUUUCUGUCACGACUACAGCAGAAUCUGUUGAAAUUUUGUCUGUCUCUUCACUCCUACUCAGCGACAAUUCAAGCCUUCCAGCAGAUAGCAGCUGAUGAACCUCCACCAGAAGGAUGUAGUUCAUUUUUUUCAGUGCAUGGAAAGAGGACUUGUGAUUUUGAUACCCUUGAGACUCUUCUACUAACAGCUUCUGAAAGACCAAAACCUUUAUUGUUCAAAGGAGAUCACAGAUAUCCCUCAUCUAAUCCUGAAAGCUCAGUGGUUAUUUUCUACUCUGAGAUUGGCUCUGAGGAGUUUUAUAAGUUUCACCGACAACUUGUAUCAAAAAGCAGUGCAGGCAAAAUCAAUUACGUAUUCAGACAUUAUAUAUCUAAUCCCAGGAAGGAGCCUGUUUACCUCUCUGGCUAUGGUGUGGAGUUGGCCAUUAAGAGCACUGAGUACAAGGCCAAGGAUGAUACUCAGGUGAAAGGAACUGAAGUUAACACCACAGUGAUUGGUGAAAAUGAUCCUAUUGAUGAAGUUCAAGGAUUUCUCUUUGGAAGAUUAAGAGACCUGCACCCUGACCUGCAGGGACAGUUGAAAGAACUCAGAAAGCAUCUCGUUGAGAGCACCAAUGAAAUGGCACCUUUAAAAGUUUGGCAGUUGCAAGAUCUAAGUUUUCAGACUGCUGCCCGAAUCUUGGCUGCUCCUAUUGAGUUAGCUCUGGUGAUUAUGAAGGAUCUUAGCCAAAAUUUUCCUACCAAAGCCAGAGCAAUAACAAAAACAGCUGUGAGUUCAGAACUUAGAACCGAAGUGGAAGAGAAUCAGAAGUACUUCAAGGGAACUUUAGGGUUACAGCCUGGAGAUUCAGCACUGUUCAUCAAUGGGCUUCAUAUUGAUUUAGAGACGCAGGAUAUAUUCAGUCUGUUUGAUAUAUUGAGGAAUGAAGCUCGGGUGAUGGAGGGUCUGCAUAGAUUGGGAAUAGAAGGCCUUUCUCUGCAUAAUGUUUUGAAACUGAACAUCCAGCCCUCUGAGGCCGACUAUGCUGUAGACAUCAGGAGCCCUGCUAUUUCGUGGAUCAACAACCUGGAGGUUGAUAGCAGAUAUAAUUCAUGGCCUUCUAGUCUACAGGAGUUGCUUCGCCCCACUUUUCCUGGUGUUAUCCGACAGAUCAGGAAGAACUUGCACAACAUGGUUUUCAUAGUUGAUCCUGCUCAUGAGAGCACUGCAGAGUUGAUUAACACAGCUGAGAUGUUCCUCAGUAAUCAUAUACCACUAAGACUUGGUUUAAUCUUUGUGGUUAAUGACUCUGAAGAUGUUGAUGGGAUGCAGGAUGCUGGAGUGGCUAUUCUGAGAGCGUAUAAUUAUGUUGCCCAAGAAGUGGAUGAUUAUCAUGCCUUCCAAACUCUGACACACAUAUAUAACAAAGUAAGGACUGGAGAAAAAGUUAAAGUUGAACAUGUGGUCAGUGUCCUGGAGAAGAAAUAUCCAUAUGUGGAAGUGAAUAGCAUUUUGGGGAUUGACUCUGCUUAUGAUCAGAAUCGGAAGGAAGCAAGAGGCUACUAUGAGCAGACUGGAGUUGGUCCACUGCCUGUUGUCCUGUUCAAUGGAAUGCCCUUUGAAAAGGAGCAGCUGGACCCUGAUGAGUUGGAAACCAUCACAAUGCACAAAAUCCUGGAGACUACAACCUUCUUUCAAAGAGCAGUGUACUUGGGUGAACUGUCCCAUGAUCAAGAUGUGGUAGAAUACAUCAUGAAUCAGCCAAAUGUUGUUCCCCGAAUCAACUCUAGGAUUUUGACAGCUGAGCGAGAAUACCUGGAUUUAACAGCAACAAAUAACUUUUUUGUGGAUGAUUAUGCUAGAUUUACCGUCUUGGAUUCCCAAGGCAAGACUGCUGCUAUAGCCAAUAGUAUGAAUUAUCUGACCAAGAAAGGAAUGUCCUCCAAGGAAAUCUAUGAUGAUUCUUUUAUUAGGCCAGUAACUUUUUGGAUUGUUGGGGAUUUUGAUAGCCCUCCUGGAAGGCAAUUAUUGUAUGAUGCUAUUAAACAUCAGAAAUCCAGUAACAAUGUUAGAGUAAGCAUGAUCAAUAAUCCUAGUGAAGAUAUAAGUUAUGAGAAAACUCAGGUCUCCAGAGCAAUCUGGGCAGCUCUCCAAACACAGACCUCCAACUCUGCUAAGAACUUCAUCACAAAAAUGGCCAAGGAGGAGACUGCAGAGGCGCUGGCUGCAGGAGCUGACAUUGGGGAGUUCUCCGUUGGCGGCAUGGAUUUCAGUCUUUUUAAAGAGGUCUUUGAGUCUUCCAAAAUGGAUUUCAUUUUGUCUCAUGCCAUGUACUGCAGGGAUGUUCUGAAGCUGAAGAAGGGACAGAGGGCAGUGAUCAGCAAUGGAAGGAUCAUUGGGCCACUGGAGGACAGUGAACUCUUUAAUCAAGACGAUUUCCACCUCCUAGAAAAUAUCAUCUUAAAAACUUCAGGACAGAAAAUCAAAUCUCAUAUUCAACAGCUUCGGGUAGAAGAAGAUGUGGCGAGUGACUUGGUAAUGAAGGUGGAUGCUCUCCUGUCAGCUCAACCAAAAGGAGAUGCAAGAAUCGAGUACCAGUUUUUCGAAGAUAGACACAGUGCAAUUAAACUGAGGCCAAAGGAAGGGGAGACGUACUUUGAUGUCGUGGCCGUCGUUGACCCUGUCACCAGAGAAGCGCAGAGACUUGCCCCGUUGCUUUUGGUUUUAACUCAGCUGAUCAACAUGAAUCUAAGAGUGUUUAUGAACUGCCAAUCUAAACUUUCCGACAUGCCUUUAAAAAGCUUUUACCGUUAUGUCUUGGAAGCAGAGAUUUCUUUUACUUCAGACAAUAGCUUUGCUAAGGGUCCAAUAGCAAAAUUUUUGGAUAUGCCACAGUCUCCUCUGUUCACUCUGAACUUGAACACACCUGAAAGUUGGAUGGUAGAGUCUGUCAGAACGCCAUAUGACCUUGAUAACAUUUACUUAGAAGAGGUGGACAGCGUAGUGGCUGCUGAGUAUGAGCUGGAGUACCUGUUACUGGAAGGUCACUGCUAUGACAUCACCACCGGCCAGCCCCCACGGGGACUGCAGUUUACCUUAGGAACUUCAGCCCAGCCAGUCAUCGUGGACACUAUUGUUAUGGCUAAUCUGGGCUAUUUUCAGUUAAAAGCCAACCCAGGAGCUUGGAUUCUCAGACUAAGGAAGGGACGUUCUGAAGACAUUUAUAGAAUCUACAGUCAUGACGGUACAGAUUCUCCACCUGAUGCCGCUGAAGUUGUUGUUGUCCUCAGCACCUUCAAAAGCAAAAUCAUUAAAGUGAAGGUUCAGAAGAAGGCAGACAUGGUGAAUGAAGACUUGCUGAGCGACGGAACUAAUGAGAAUGAAUCUGGAUUUUGGGACUCCUUCAAAUGGGGCUUUACAGGAGGACAGAAGACUGAGGAAGUGAAGCAAGAGAAAGAUGACAUAAUUAAUAUUUUCUCUGUCGCAUCUGGUCAUCUCUAUGAAAGAUUUCUUCGCAUAAUGAUGCUAUCAGUACUGAAGAAUACCAAGACUCCUGUGAAAUUCUGGUUCUUGAAGAAUUACUUGUCCCCCACGUUUAAGGAGUUUAUACCUUACAUGGCAAACAAAUACAAUUUUCAGUAUGAGCUUGUUCAGUACAAAUGGCCCCGGUGGCUUCAUCAGCAGACUGAGAAGCAGCGCAUCAUCUGGGGUUACAAGAUCCUCUUCCUGGAUGUGCUCUUCCCGCUGGUUGUUGACAAGUUCCUGUUUGUGGAUGCCGAUCAGAUUGUGCGAACAGAUUUGAAAGAGCUGCGAGAUUUCAGUUUGGACGGUGCUCCCUAUGGUUACACUCCUUUCUGUGACAGCCGCAGGGAGAUGGACGGCUACAGGUUCUGGAAGUCAGGCUACUGGGCCAGUCACUUAUCUGGGCGGAAGUAUCAUAUCAGUGCAUUGUAUGUCGUGGAUCUGAAGAAGUUUAGGAAAAUAGCUGCUGGUGACAGACUCAGGGGACAGUACCAAGGUCUGAGUCAGGAUCCUAACAGCCUUUCAAAUCUCGAUCAAGAUUUGCCCAAUAACAUGAUCCACCAGGUGCCAAUUAAAUCCCUCCCUCAAGAAUGGCUUUGGUGUGAAACAUGGUGUGACGAUGCCUCUAAGAAAAGGGCAAAAACAAUUGAUUUGUGUAAUAAUCCAAUGACCAAAGAGCCCAAGCUGGAGGCCGCUGUUCGAAUUGUCCCAGAGUGGCAGGACUAUGAUCAGGAGAUCAAACAGCUACAGACACGCUUUCAGGAGGAGAAGGAAUCGGGAGCACUUCAUAAAGACACACCGGCACAAGAACCGAGCCGGGAAGGACCUCAGAAACAUGAAGAAUUAUGAUCUCCAGAGGAGGAUAGGGAAUUACACCAUUUGAAGAACACUUUUUAUAUUAAAUGCUAGUUUUUUCCAAUCUGUCUAUACAACUGCUGAUGAACUGGCUGGGCAGGUGUGCCGCACCGUUCAUUCUGACUCCUGCACGCUGGCGGCUCUGGAUCUCUGGAGUCAAGGCUCCACUGGAUUCAUACCUCAGAGGAAGACAAGGGGCUGAUCUCUGGGGGACUCUAUAAAGAGCAGGCUUCUAACCAGAGGGGAAGACGGCAGAGGCAACUGGAAGAAAACGAGCCCUGUGGUGCUCACACCCAGGAGCCCACACGUGCCACAGUGUCUCGGGAAGCCACCAGCCAGAGCCACCGUGUCCUUCCUUACCUCAGCCUACGGGCAGCGGAGCUCAGUCUGCAGCCUGGGCCGCAGGGCAGGUGCUGCCCACAUCAGCCAUCAGAAGCUUUGCCCAAGGUCUGCGCACCUCGGGGUUUGCGCCAGCGUUCCCCUGUGCCCUUCCCCAGCAUCAGGUUCACUGUCAAAUUGAAACCCAACCAACAAUCAUGUGUCUUCAGGCUCGGCUCGGGGCAGGUUAAUUUGGGGUUAGGAUGGGGGUGGGUUGGGCUGAGGGUAGGGAAAAUGUCAGGAGUAGGAGGCUCUGGAACGCUGGGGUGAGGGCGAGGGGGACCGGAGAUCGGCCGUCCUCUUUUAUAGACCGUCGGCACCGUUGUGACUAAUUGGAAAUGAAGACGUUGUCCUUAUUCUCCACCCAGCCCCAGUGAACGUUUUAAGUAAUUGUUUUAUAAGCAGUUUUUUAAGUUGUGAAAGUCUUUGCUUUUCUCUUCCCACUUUCUUAAAAAAGAAGCCUGUUAUUUCCUUACUGGAUACAGCCAUAGUAAGCCCCUGUAGUGAUCCAUCCUGAAGGGCUCAGGGCUCCCUCAGGACGGUCACCGCAUCAUAUACCCUCUUCUUCUCCGCAGGAUUUUCGUCUCUCAGACCCAGGGAAGUUGGCUUUGGCUUUUCUCUACGGAAGACUCCCAGAUCCGAGAUCGGGAGAGAUUCUGCUUGUGUAAUUCACUUUUCUCUAUACACUGUUCUGUAUUCCUUUUAGUUUAGUGCGGUGGGCUGCCUUUGACUUGCAGAAAUUGCCAGUGUUGCACCCGUUCUGACUCCACAGAGUUGCAUCUUGAAGCAGGUUUGGCCCUUUGGUCAUGGCUUUUCGUGUCUUCACUUCAGCAGCCCAGAAGGGCGCUUCCGCGGCAGCCUUUCCUGCUGGGUGGGCAGAGCCGGGAGGCGCCCACGAGGAGUCUUGCGGGUGCUGUCGGCCUGCGUGGCUGUAAGGCUGCAGGUCCUGCCCCCUGGCUGCCCAGGCUGCAGGGCACAGCAGCAGAGCACUCCGUGGACUGUGCCUCCUUCCAAAGUCUUAGGACAAAUAUCGAGGAAUUAAUUUUUUCCAUAUUCACACGCCAAGGUUAGCUCGGGAGUCUCUUAGUCCUAGGGAGCUUUUGAGCGUGCUUUUGUAGGUCCAUUAAAAAACUGGGGAGGAGGGAGCCCGAAAGAUUUUUAGAUAAAUCGAUCCAAGACUGCAAAGGUCCCUCAGAGGUGUCGCUGUUGACAAAGGCUCUAGCGUGAGUUCCCCCCACGCUGCUCCUCCCCUGGUCAGAGCAGCUAAAGGGAUAGAAUCAAUGAGAGUGGAAAACAUUCACUCAGGUCCAUCUGAGGGUUAAUUAAGCCUUCAGAGAGGCUGCCGCUGCCGCCGCCACUUCUGUCUACAACCACGGGCGCAGUUGUGCGUUUUCCCACUUCAUUUACUGGGAGGUUGAGCGGGAAAUAACAAAAGUCACUGGGAUGUGCUUUCUAAACGCUGGUUCCCUCGGGACAUGGAAUAGGCCACCUUUCCACGUCUUUCUGCCUGGGCUCUUAACGUGUAUCGUUCAUGAGGAAGGUGAAAUUUGUUCUCUGUGUAGUGUGUGUGUGUCCUCGUUGCCCCUUAUUUGUCACCACCCUAAAUUUACGUCUUACUAACAGUUGAAUCUAAACAUGCGAGACCCCGCUUGCUUCUGAAACGGCCUAGGGUCCUCCUCCUCAUGCCAGGAAUAUCUUGGUUCGCGUGGCAUGAGCAACUUGCAAAACGAACCUCUAGCGCCCUGGGAAAUGAUACCGCCACUAAAAUUUGGUCUUGGUCAGCUUUGUCUGUUCUCUCUACCGUAUGAAAGCAAAUUGUGACGGGAAAGAUAGGAGAGAUUUUUCACAAGAAACAUGAACUGAUUUUACCGAGAAGUGCAAGCUUCUGGAAGCUAGUCACAGUACGUUGUUCUCAACCAUCUUUUCAUACAUAAUGGACUUUUUCCCCCUUCAUCAUGCCACAGUGGAAACUUUUUCUUUCUGAAUCAGUGCCAGAGCAAUGUGACAUAAUGUGACACAUCAGAACGACACGCAACAGUGUGGGUUUUUAUGUCUUGCAAACAGUGGUGUUUGACGGAGGUCAGAACGGGUGCACGCGGCCUGCUCUCGGAGCUGCGGGGACGUGCCUGUGUUUCGUUUAAAAGCGUCCUGAAUACUUGCCCCGCUGAGAGCGCUGGUGCGGCAGUUUUCCGCACGGCUGAGGGAGUGCCGAAGCUGUCAAAGUGGCACUUCAGAUUGAAACGUAGAGCUGUUGGCCUGCCUGCCAAGCACACGCGCACCUGGUAGGCCCACGCACUGUGUGAGCUCAGCUCGGGGGGCGGCGGGGAGCAAAGGUUUCAUGAAAAUCAGGUAGUACUUUCCAAGAAGGGAGCUUAAUCGACUCUGCUGUCCUCACGCCCUCAUAUCAUGAGCCUUGUGAAAGGUCUGAUGGAACGAACAACGUCUGUCUGGUUGCAGGAUUACUGAGUGAAGGGGCUGACGGCCAGGGACAGCAGUGCGGUUUCCAGAAGAGACUGGAAGGGAAAUGAAAAUCCCAGUUUCCUUCGGCUGGGAAUUCCACUUUACUGACCUCGUAACUUGGAACGGGUCAGACCCCGCCCUCACAGCAGCGAGCAUAAGGUGGUUCCUCCUCCCCGACACCCCCUUGGGAGUAAAUUUGGCUACUUGAAAGCAGUUUUCUUUUUUUCCUGAAACUGUCAUGGAUGAUUAAAAGAAAUAAUUCAACUCAAGAGUUUCAAGAGGACAUCUCGUGCAUUUUUCUGAGUAAAAUGUUCGUGCUGUGGUAUCAAUAUCAUGGAAGUGGAAGUGUUUUGGUGAAGCUUUCUCUUGGUAACAGUGAAUGCAGGGUGUGUUGUGUGCAAAGUUAUUUAAAUAUAUUCCAUUGUGUAAUUUUAAUAGUUUUUUAAGCAUUUGAUUUUUAUGGGGACACUUUUGUGGGAUGAUAAGGGUUAAUCAGCUUGAAUAUUGCUGUUUUGUGUCUAGUCUGGUGGGAUAACCUUUGUAAUUUAAAUUCCUAUUUUCCCAGUCUUGCUACAGUGAGGAAGGAUCUUUAUUAGGACUUUGGUAGUAACCUGACUGAAUUCCACAAAUUCGACGUCAUUAACUCAGGUCUUUGUUGGUACUUCAGAGUAUCUGGAGGAUACCAAUUUCUCUUUCAUUAUUUGGUCUUUGAUCUCUCAAUCUAAUACAGAAAUGAAGCUUCUGGGUGGCGGUGAGUCAGGGCACUGAGUAGAGGAUCUCUCUCAGGGUGUCACUGAGUGCUGACAGCUUAUAAAAACAAACCACGAAAUCAGCUUCAGGCACCUGCAUGCUCCCCAGAAGCAGUCCGAAAGUGAGGCCAUCUCCUGAGUCUUUUCCAAUCACCUAGCAACACAGAGGCCAAAUGCGGCAGAUGUAAGUAGGACACAAGUUAGGGUUUGAGGCAAGGCCUUCAUCCCACCUGUAAUUUAUGCAUUGCCUUACGUGUCACCUUUUAGAUUUCCAGAGAAAUGGACGUAAUUCCUCUUCUCAAUAAAAAUGGCAAAAUACAUUAACCUAAGGUCAGCAAUUUGAGAAAAGAUUAUCAAGUACGGUGGUUUCCAACCAGUUGUUUUUGCUAAUAAUAAGGUAAACAUGGAAAAAACAAAGAAAAAUAUUAGAAUUUUUAAAGAAACUGUACUUAAAAAAAAAACAAAAAAAACCUUUGUAACUCUUCUAUUUUACUGUAAUCCUGUUCCAUUAAAUGCAGCAAAGGUCCAGGUGCUGCCCCUUGCUCGGGAACAAGCACUGGGACAGUAAACGUCUACAGAGCCCUCUGCGCCUGAAAUGGAUUGAGAAUGAAUUUCCUGGUACUGUAAUGAAGAUAAGGUCUGCUCAACACAAUAAACUUUUCCUUCUCUUGUUUAAAA